GCGGUGCGCGAUCCGAAGUUCUGGGUGUACGGCCAUGCAAUAUUAUGUGCUGUGCACGGCUGCCUCUACGAGUUUCAGAACUAUAUGGAAUCUUGCCCAUGCCACGCAGUGGACUGCCGCGAGAAGGAUGGAUUUGCCGCAGGCCGCCCGUACUUCAGAAGGCGGGCGGAGUUCAUCGGCGAAACUGGCCUCAAGCACUCGACCUGCCCGAUGAGGGGCCGUCGCGCCCCAGACUUGGCCGCAGGGAAGCACAAGGAGUACCUGGCUGAACUCGUGACCCAGUCCUUGGGCCGCCUGCUGGUCAGGUGCGAGGAGCUGACCCAGAUGGACCGUGACAUGGUCGUGCGUGAUUGGGAGUGCGCUCGUGCAGUGAUCAUGGAAGUGGUCCAGAUCAAGUAUGCACAUUGGGCGUACUUGCCGCACAAGUUUUGCGUGCUGGGUGCCAUUGACAAGUGUGGAACCUCAGAGGCCACUGCGCGAUUCGGGCUGCACGCGUGCUUGCGCGAGUACGCCUUGCUCGACGAGUCCAAGCGCAGCAGUUUGUGGCCGUUGGCUGCCAGCGUGCUGGCGCCCUCGUCCCCGCUGCGCGACGAGGUGGCUGCCUUCGUGGAGCAGGGGGUUUCUCUCAAGAGCCUCCCUGGCCUCAGGCAAGUAGCAGGCAUGGUCCUAGGCGCCCCCGUUGCAGAGCGGUCCAUCGAGGCGAAGCACCGCUUGAACAAGCUAGCUUCGUCUCGGGCCCCCCACGCGGGGGGAGGCUUCGUCAACGUCCACCUGAAACUGCCAGAUUUCAAGCGGCGGCUGGCUGCCGACCCAGGCCUCCUCGAGCAUGUGGCCGCCGACAUGGGCCGCAUCAGGACGUCGUCCGAGCGUUUGCUGCAGGCUUUUGGGUUGCACGCGCACCCGACGGUGUUCUCGGAAUUCGCAAAGACUGGGCGCAUCAAGAAAUCUACGGCCACGAGCGUGCUGUGCAGACUUGACAGUGAGACGCAGCAGAAGCAGCACGCAGCGUUGAAGGCCGCCUUCCCGAAGGGCAAGACUGACAGCGGAGGAGGAGGGCACGUGCCCGAUUCCCUGAACCACGGGCUCAAGAUCGCAUCGGCGGCAGCCCUGCCGCAUCUCAGGACAACUUUCAAGCGGGAGGCGUUCUAUUCGAUCGCUUUGCCGCGUGACUCCUUGCCUGAGAUGGAAUCGGCAUUCUCUGGGUCGAGGAGCUUCGGCGUCCCUGGGCUGUUGCCUCUCACAGACGCACAGUACACGCCUCCUCUCAUGCUGCCUGCGGCGGCGCCCGCGCCUGCGGACGGCGGCCUGGACCUGGGGCCGCCAGACGGCGCCCCCCCAGCGCUGGAGCCACACGAGCACUGUAUUUUCAGGGUGGUUCACGCGAGGCCAGCAAUUCGGCACAUCAUCAAGCCGCGGGGUUCCAACCUCACCACUGAUGACGUGGCCGUGAGCGUGCACGACGUAGUCGGGUACGACAGACCAGGCGGCUCCACUGAGCUUCUCGUGGCGUUGUCUGGCGCACGGUUUGGGGAUGCUGCCGCGCCGCUGGAUGGCGACGCCGACGCCGACGUCGCGAUUGACGUCGGGUCGACGCGGUUGCUCCACAGGUGUCAUUUGGAGGCGCUCCCGCGCUUACACCUUGACCUCCUCGAGUGGCAGCCAGAGGGGCAGCUCUUCUACCAGCCGAAGUGGUGGCCAGCGGACGUGCCCAGGGAGGAGUACGGGCUCGCGUCCGAAAUCCUCACGGACAUGGUCAUCUCUGGCGCUUUUCCAGGCGCAGAGAGUUCCUUGGUCGCCCAGCCGCCCCGCACGCUUGAGAUCCUGGAACAGGCUGGCCUCGUGGAUCGGCGUGCGGCGGGCGACGCGGGCGACGAGCUCGUCUGCUGGAACAUGAGCCUCGCUUGCGUGCGGGACAUCGCUGCCUUUGAGAAGCUCCAGCAGCCAGCGCCAGCCCUGAGAUCCAGGAUUGGCGUGCAGGACAAGGACAAGGACGCAUUUGAAUUGCUCCUGGACUUGCAAGCGGCGGGCUGGACAGGCAAGUUGCUGCCGCACGGGAAGGGGAAGAAGGCCGAGACGCCGCAGCCAUAUGACCCGAACAGUGCUGCUAGCGAGAAGGCCUGGUACUUCCAGGCCGCCAAGAAGACCAUUUCCACCAAUUACUUGCGCUGCCUGCUUGCGGGCAAGUCGGUCGUCGCCCACGCGUUGGCCGACAAGGACUACGCCGUGUUGUUGGGCACCGCCCGUCCUAAGCGCCUGGCCAUCCAGGACGACGCUGGGUGCCCGCGCCCGAGGGCGCCGAAACGGCAGCGGAAGGCUGCCGCGCCGCUGCCCCUCGAGGACCACGGG